UCUGUUCCUGCUUUUCAGGUUUGUACCGCUGUCUGUCCUUCUCCCUGGAAAGGCAGAAGCCGCGCUGUCCCAACCUCCGGAGGCUGUAGAGCUCCUGCCCCGCCCAGGAGGCUGGAGUUCUCUGCUCCGGGUGCACAUUUUGUUUGUCCACUGAGACCUCGGUCUGCGCACUCUGUCACCGCCCUGAGUGACCGCCCAGGCCUCUCCCAGCCGCCUCCUUAUCAGCCACAGUCUCACCUGCCCGCAUUUCAGACCUGGGCAGCGGCCUCUCUGGGCAGCGCCGAGCCCUGUGCCGCAGCGGAAAGAGGCUGCCAGCCGUGCUGUCCUCAGUGUGACACGGGGAGAACUUCCGUCCAGUGCUGUGCACUUCACCCAGAAGCAGCAGCGACCUUUGAAGGGCUCUGUUCACUGCAGAGAUCCUGGGAUUCCGGCGAGUUUUCUACUGAGUGACUUCUCCCUGUCACAGCCCUGAGCGACGAUGGCCACCUGCAGAGGCUCCGCGGGUGCAGACAGAUUCUCCUCAGCUGCACCCAGUCAAGGUAUGUUUGAGCAAAAAUCAACAGCUUUGAAGUGCUGAAAUGUGUUUGGAUUCCCUGGCUUUACAGACCUGGAGAUCAAGAGUAAUAUACAGAUCUGAGGCUCGAGGAGAGUCCAGGGCCGCACCGUUAGUUAAUGCGGUGAGCAGGAAAAGUGCUCGGUUCGCCUGACUCUGCACUUCACCUCUCUGUGUGUCUCCUCCAUCCCUGCAGAGCAAACUUCCCUUGCAAAGUCACGGUGCAGCUGAUGUUCUGGGCAUGUGUAGAAAACAGAGUGAGCUGAGUCUGCCCACCAACAGCCUGACCCCAGCACGACCACCCAUUUCUGGGCCAAAGAAGGAUUUCCUAGCUCCCUGCUUCCUGAAUUUAUCCUGAGUGGAGACCAAAAGUCGGCAAAUACAAACCACUUCUUAGCACACCUCUACUACAAAAUCUGAGGCUGCUUCUGUGCCAUGGUAGGGUUGAUGGAAGGGCACAACACCUCCUCUACGGACUUCACCUUCCUGGGGCUGUUCACCAGAGAGGAAACUUCAGCGCUCCUGUUUGCAACCAUCUCAGCCAUCUUCCUCACCGCACUGCUGGCCAAUGGGAUGAUGAUCUUUCUGAUCCACACUGACUCACAGCUCCACACACCCAUGUACUUCCUGCUCAGCCACCUUUCUUUAAUUGACAUGAUGUACAUCUCCACCAUUGUGCCCAAGAUGCUGGUUGACUAUGUACUGGGCCAAAGAACCAUUUCCUUUGUGGGGUGCACAGCUCAGCACUUCCUCUACCUCACCCUGGUGGGGGCCGAGUUCUUCCUGCUGGGGCUCAUGGCCUAUGACCGCUAUGUGGCCAUUUGCCACCCCCUGAGGUACCCUGUGCUCAUGAGCCGCCGUGUGUGCUGGAUGAUCAUAGCAGGCUCCUGGUUUGGGGGCUCUCUGGAUGGCUUCCUCCUCACACCUAUCACCAUGAGCUUUCCCUUCUGUGGCUCCCGGGAGAUUCACCACUUUUUCUGUGAGGCGCCUGCAGUGCUGAGCCUGGCGUGUGCAGAUACUGCCCUGUAUGAGACUGUGAUGUACAUCUGCUGUGUGCUGAUGCUGCUCAUCCCAUUCUCUGUGGUUAUCGCAUCCUAUGCCCGCAUCCUGACCACCGUCCACCGCAUGAGCUCUGUGGAGGGGAGGAAGAAGGCCUUUGCCACCUGCUCAUCCCACAUGCUUGUGGUGACUCUGUUCUAUGGGGCUGCCAUGUACACGUACAUGCUGCCACACUCUUACCACACACCAGCCCAGGACAAAGUCUUCUCUGUGUUCUACACCAUCCUCACCCCCAUGCUGAACCCCCUCAUCUAUAGCCUGAGGAACAAGGAUGUGACUGGGGCGAUGAGGAGGGUGCUGGGGAGGCUCCGAUCUUCUCACCAAGUCUCAGGGGAGGCCUUCUGAUGGUUGGGUUUGUCUCAUAGUCAUGGGGAUGGGAACACUGAGUCAGGGUGGCCAUGUUGAGCUGGAGAUGAACCAGAAAGAAGGGUUGGGGUGGACAGAAAGGCAAACAUUGACAAAACUUGUUUUCUUAGCCCCUCUUCUUUCAUUUCUUCCUUUCUGCUACCUUCUCUUUUCCUACCCUGUUAACAUGUAU